AUGGCCGGUGGAGGAUAUCACCCAUACAAGGCCGACCCGGCGCUCGACCGAUGGCAGAACAUGCACUCGACCAUGUACCAGCGUUUCCGCCUCACCCCCUCCAAAGCACGAGCCGUAUUCCUCUGGGGUCUCACCGUCCCUGUGCUGACCUACUACGCUGCCCAGUACACCGAUGACCGCUGGGAGCUGCGCGGAAAGACUCGUCAGGACUCGUUGCUUCGUAACCCCCCAGCUGCUCCAGCGGCUGAGGCUGAUGAGGAGUAA